UUCUAAACCAAGUAACAUUUAAAGAGGACAAUACAUUGGGCAAAGUUUUAAUGUCUUUAGUAUUGUGUCACUAAACAUAUACCACCUGCUUCUAGAUCCCAACACAUCAUCUGGCUCAUCCCUCUGUAGGAACAAUGGUCUGGGUGGGAAACCAGACUCUCAUCUCCCACUUCAUCCUCCUGGGCCUUUUCACCCACUCGCCACUACACCUCUUCUUCUUUUCUGUCAUCAUGGUCAUGUUCCUGGUGGCCCUUUCUGGCAAUGGACUCAUGAUCCUCCUCAUCACCAUCGACUCCCAUCUGCACAGCCCCAUGUACUUCUUCCUCAGCUGGCUGUCACUCAUGGACCUCAUGCUCAUUUCCACCAUCGUGCCGCGGAUGGCCACUGACUUCCUCCUGGGCCGUGGCUCCAUCUCCUUCACAGGCUGUGGACUCCAGAUCCUCUUCUUCCUCACCCUCCUGGGAGAUGAAUGCUUCCUGCUGGCCUUCAUGGCCUAUGACCGCUAUGUGGCCAUCAGCAACCCACUGAGGUACUCAGUGAUCAUGAGCCGCCGUGUUUGCUGGCUCAUGGUGGCAGGGUCCUGGCUCUUUGGCCUGGUGGAUGGACUGAUCCAAGCCAUUUUCACCCUUCGCUUCCCCUACUGUGGCUCUCAGGAGAUUGACCACUUCUUCUGUGAGGUCCCUGCCAUACUGAAGUUGGCCUGUGCUGACACCUCCCUCUAUGAGACCAUGAUAUAUGUCUGUUGCGUCCUAAUGCUGCUCCUGCCCUUCACUGUCAUCUCUGCUUCCUACUUGCGGAUCCUGGUAGCUGUGCUCCAUAUGCAUUCUGCUGAAGGUCGUCAGAAAGCCUUUGCUACCUGCUCUUCUCACAUGGCAGUGGUUUCUCUCUUCUAUGGGGCUGCCAUGAUCACCUACAUGCGGCCUCAGGCCUACCACUCCUCCAAGCAGGACAAGGUGGUCUCAGCCUUCUAUACAAUGAUCACCCCUAUGCUUAAUCCACUCAUCUAUAGCCUGAGGAACAAGGAAGUGGCUGGGGCUUUCAAGAAACUCCUGGGGAGGUGUCCUUGUAAGGGGACAGGGCUAGGUUGA